AUGAGUGCAAACGACGACGACGAUGAUAAAAAUCCAAUUGAACAAUUUGAUGAAGAUGAUGAAGAGAUGAAAAAAAGAAGAAAAACAUUAACACGAAAAAUUGAUUGUCGAAUUUUACCAAUGAUCUGUAUCAUUUAUUUAGUAUCAUAUUUAGUUCGAUCAAAUAUAGCUAAUGCUAAAUUAGCUGGCCUUGAAGCAGAUCUUAAAAUAACUGCAAAUGAAUAUCUUUGGUCAUUAUCUAUUUUCUUCGUUGGAUACACUCUCUUUGAAGUUCCAUCCAAUAUUGUUCUUCGACGAUGGAGACCAUCAAGAUGGUUAGCUGUAAUUCAUAUGGCUUUAGGUAUUGUUUCAAUGUGUAUGGGUGCUGUUCAAAAUGCUGCUGGUCUUCUCGCAUGUCGUUUUUUCUUGGGUGUCAUUGAAGCUGGUUUAUUUCCUGGUAUUGUUUAUUAUUUAUCCAUAUGGUAUCCAAGAAAACAGCAAGCUGUUCGUGUUGGUUUAUUUUGGUCAAUAUCUGCACUUUCAGGUGCAUUUAGCGGUAUUCUUGCUUAUGGUAUAAGUCAAAUUGGUUCAUCAAGCAUGGGUAAAUGGCGAUUGAUCUUCAUUAUUGAAGGUGCUCCAAAUAUUAUUGUCGCUAUAUUGUGUUGGUUUUUGUUACCUGAUUCUCCUGAAAAAGCAAAGUUUUUGAAUGAUGAAGAACGUCAACUUAAGAUAGAUUCUCUUGCUGAAGAUGCUGGUCCAACAAAGGAAGAAAAAUUUUCUUGGUCACAAGUAUUUUCUGUAUUUAAAGAUUGGAAAGCGUAUUUUUAUGCAAUUAUUUAUAUUACUGGACUCAUUGCUUUGCAAGGUAUAACUCUUUCAUUACCAGUAAUUAUUAAAGAGUUUGGAACGUGGACAACUCUUCAAACUCAAUUGAUGACUAUUCCACCCAAUAUGGCAGCAUUUUUUGUUAUUCUAAUUGUUUCACGUAGUUCAGAUUAUUUCAUGGAACGAUCGCUUCAUACUACUUUUGUAAAUCUUUUUGCAAUAUGUGGUUUUCUAAUGCUUAUAUUUGUUGAUGAGAAACAAGUCGGUGUUUUAUAUGCAGGUAUUAUUUUAGCUGCUAUUGGUGUUUAUUCUAGUGUUAGCGUACGAACUGCUUGGUAUAACAAUAAUUUUGCUUCAUUGACUCGACGUGCUACUGCCUCGGCAAUGAUCGUUUCGAUAGGUGUAUCUGGUGGAAUUGUAUCUGGUCAAAUAUACAGUGAUAAACAAAAACCACGAUAUAUUAUUGGUCAUACAAUUUCAUUAGUUUGUAUGACAGUACAGACAAUACUGGUAAUUAUACUUCGAUGUGUAUUAAUGAUAAUAAAUAAACGUCGGAAACAAAUGUCUGAUGAACAAAUUCAACAAGAAGUCGACAAAUAUGGCGGAGAAGAAUCAGUUGGUGAUCGUCAUCCUAAGUUUCAAUAUACUUUGUAA